AUGGGUCCCGUCUCUGGCGCCGCCGACACUGCAUCUGGAAGGUGGAAGAAAUUCCCGCCCCGGAACAUCCCCUCCUGCCCGCAUACAUCGCCUGCUAUUGCCGCUCAUGAUGAAGACAAUGAAGCCAUGGUUGACUUCCUCUGGCCCGGAUGGGGCCCUCUUUGCACGAUUCUUACGGCCAUUGGCCUCCCCUUUGUCAUCAUCAGCACCGUACUUAUGUGCGUGCACCUCUUCUUGCCCUUCAUGCUCCCAUCUACUCCCUCAUCCGCUGCCGCCGAACGAAGCGUAAACGAGCAGCGCAUGUUACGGGAGGUUUUCCGUGCGGCCGUGCCGUUGUUACGGACACUCGUUGCGACCGAGCAAAGUGAGUUCUGGGCGGCCCGGAUCAGGCAAGACGAGUUGCUCAUUGCACAUCGAGUAACUCGCCGCGCCAUCCAUGACUUGACGGCUGCUCUGCAGCCAGAUGGCUGGGAAAAUGAUCGAGAAAUUGUGUCGUUGGCACUCGAUCUUGCCAACCUCCGGAUCAACCGAUGA